AUGGCCGACGAGGACGCCAAGGGCAAUAAGAGGUCCCAUGAGGACUUUGCUGCUCAAGACGAUGACAGCUCUUCCGACGACGACAUGGGCCCUCAGCUUCCCUCAGAAGCCCCGAAGAAGAAGCGCCGAGUCCUUCCCUACGAAAAAUUAUACGUUUCUGCCCUUCCCAAAUCGACCCGGUAUUCGAAGUCCUUGAUGCACAAGGAGCAACUAGCCUUCGUGACCGUCACGCCACUCACGGACUUCAUCAUCACAUCUUCCAUCGACGGCGUCGUCAAGUUUUGGAAGAAGGUGGCUCAGGGAAUCGAAUUUGUGAAGGAAUUUAAGGCGCACACCGACGAGAUCAAGUCAGUCUCCGUUAGUCAAGAUGGAAGGAGCUUCGCGACCGCUGGUGCAGACGAGACUGUCAAGAUCUUCGACGUCAUCACCUUCGACCUCCUGGCCAUGCUCAAGCUGAACUUCGUGCCCCGGUGCGUAUGUUGGGUUCACAACAGGGGAGCAUCUCUUCCUUUGCUUUCGGUUUCUGAGGACACCAACUCCAACAUACACGUUUACGACGGGCGAGGCGAGAGGCAAGACCCUAUACACACCAUCAAGUCGUUGCAUAGGAGCCCAGUGUCCAUCAUGGUCUUCAACGGCGUAUAUGACUGCGUGUUGUCUGCGGAUGACAAGGGUAUGCUGGAGUACUGGCGGCCCAGUGGUGACUAUGAGAAGCCGGAUAACGUCUUCGAGUUUAAGGCUUCCACAAACCUGUUCGAGUUCAAAAAAGCAAAGUCGGUUCCGACGUCAAUUACUAUUUCACCCACCGGCAAGCAGUUUGCAACCUUCUCCCAGCCAGACAGGAAGAUCCGAAUUUUCGACUUUGCAUCAGGCAAGCUAUACCGAACGUACGACGAGUCGCUUCAGGUCAUCGAGGAGAUGCAACAAGCGGGAUCGGCCCUCCAGAAAUUGGAAACCGUCGAAUUCGGCCGUCGAUUUGCCGUCGAAAGAGAGAUUGACUCAGCAGCAUACAAGAGCAAGGCGAACGUCAUCUUCGACGAAUCUGGCAACUUCAUCAUCUACGGCUCAAUAGCCGGCAUCAAAGUGCUCAACGCCUAUACCAACCAAAUCGUCAAGGUAUACGGCAAGGAGGAGAACUUUAGAGCGGUCAACCUGGCGAUAUAUCAAGGUCAACCGCAAAAGAAAGGCAUUACCACAGUGGAGAUGGGUGCCUCUGCCAACCCUCUGCUCCAGGAGUCCGAGUCCAGGGAUCCUAUUCUGAUUGCGACAGCAGUGAACAAGCAGCGUUUUUACAUGUUCACUAAUGAUGAGGAUAUCUCUAAAUCGGUCAGAGAUGUCCAAAACGAGAAGCCUACCAUUCUUGGACAGAAGAAGGCUGCAGAGGCCAAAAAGGCCGAGACUGGAACCGGAGCAGUCAUCCACACGACUUACGGUGACAUCCACAUCCGCUUGUUCCCGGAUGCGGCUCCCAAGGCCGUUGAGAACUUCGUCACUCACUCGAAGAGAGGCUACUAUAACAACACAAUCUUCCAUCGUGUAAUUCGCAAGUUCAUGAUCCAGGGUGGAGAUCCCCUUGGAGACGGCACCGGCGGCGAAAGUAUAUGGGGCAAGGAAUUCGCGGAUGAAUUCAGCAGUCUGAAGCACGACAAGCCGUACACCGUCAGCAUGGCUAAUGCAGGUCCGAACACCAAUGGCAGCCAGUUCUUUAUCACUACGGAAAAGACGCCGUGGCUGGACGGAAAGCACACUAUUUUCGGGCGUGCUACUCAGGGGCUAGACAUCAUUCAUAAAAUCGAGAAUGUACGGACAUAUAAGGAGAAGCCAGAAGAAGACAUCAAAAUCCUCAAUAUCGACAUAGUGUAG